CCCCCCCCGCCCGGUUGGGCUCCCUCGGCGGCGGGGACAGCCGCUGGACUCGGUGCAGAGGGGCUCUGCCUAUCACAGCACAUCAACAUCAGCAUCCUCGGACCUGGCCAUGCCAGCGAUCCCUGUCACCAGGGGAGGCUUCUCUGUCUGAACUCGGCUGUCUCCCUGCUUGCAGCCAGUGGUGAAGUCUUCAGAAAACGAACGCUUAAUGGAUAAGGAUUCAUGGGAAAAGGCCCAGAAGUGAAAGAAUAUCAGAAUAGCCUGGUCACUUCAGCAUGGAUCAGUCUGGGUCUCAUACAGGGGGAGGCAGGGAGCAAGCCUCUCCUCGAGAACAUGGCAAUGGUGAGGAUGAGAGACAACGGCAGCAGGAGCGUCUUAGCAGAGAGGAGGCCUAUUACCAAUUCAUUAAUGAACUCAAUGAUGAAGACUACAGAAUAAUGAGAGACCACAAUCUUCUUGGCACUCCUGGAGAAAUAACUGCACAAGAACUACGGCGACGUUUGGAAGGAGCAAAGGAACGUUUAGCAUCCCAAACUGGUAUGGAAAAUAGGGAAGGUGAAGGCAGAAUUGUUGGAGAUUCUGAGGUUCUUGGUGAAAAUUCAAAUGGUGACUCCUUGCUAGAGUGGCUGAACACAUUUCGUCGCACAGGAAAUGCUACGCGCAGCGGACAAAGCGGGAACCAAACCUGGAGAGCAGUGAGUCGGACCAAUCCAAACAGUGGGGAAUUCCGGUUUAGUCUUGAAAUCAACAUAAAUCAUGAACAUAACAGUUUUGAUGCUGCUGGUGAAGAAUAUGCAGGAUCUUCCCACUCAGAUAAUAGCAGAACUAAUUUAGAAAGCAGAUUUCAAAGAGCAGUCAGUCCAAUAGCCACUCGAACAAGGAGCAGGACCUUGAGAGAGAGAAAUUAUAAUGCUCCUAAUACUGCAAGGAUGAGAACUGCGAGAAGUUCAGUGGCACAAAGGACUGGAGCAACCUCUCAUUCUGGCUUAGGGAGGUUGAGAAGUAGAACUAGGGAGUCAACAGGUCUUUCCCGAACAAGCAGUGAACAUAAUUCUUCAGACAGUGGUGAGCACAGUGCUAGACAAAGGAGAAUGCAAAGAAGAGAUAUAUCUGCAGGUGUUCAGAGAGGUAGGUCUAGAACUAGUGUUCAGAUGAGUACAAGCCAAAGACUAGAAAUCCUAAGGUUAAGAUCUACUUUGAGCAGUCGAAGCCGUUCCCCAUUGCGAAGACAAGAUGGCACUACUGAAGAGCACAGUCAAAGGCAGGAUGGGAAUUUACAGCAAGUCAGUAGAAGGUCUAAUAGAAGACAUGCAGCCCAGACUCCUUCUGAGUUAGGUGAAGAACAAACAGUGGGUAGUACAGAGGCUCCACAGAUUUCUAAUUCAGCCCCAAUGUUAGGUGUAACUCUGGAAGAGGAGGAAUCUAGUAGACCAGUAGCUUCUGUUCGAAGGCAUCCAACAAUUACUCUAGAUCUUCAAGUAAGAAGAAUUCGCCCUGGGGAAAACAGAGAUCGGGAUAGUGUUGCUAGUAGGACUCGUUCUAGAGUGGGAACAGCAGAAAACACAGUCACUUUUGAAAGUGAUAGUGGGGGUUUUCGACGUACUAUUUCACGAUCAGAACGUGCAGGUAUACGAACAUAUGUUAGUACUAUUCGGAUACCUCUUCGGCGGAUCUCAGAAACUGGACUUGGUGAACCUUCAUCAGCAGCUCUUCGAUCAAUUCUUAGGCAAAUUAUGACUGGCUUUGGAGAACUGAGUUCAUUAAUGGAGACUGAAUCGAAUUCAGAACUUCAAAGGGAUGGUCAGCAUUUAUCAGAAACCCAGUCAGAAUCAAAUAUCUCACACGCUGCAAUUAAUGACAGUGACCUGAGUGAGACAUCAACUAGAAAUAGACACACUGAAGAAGGCAGCACUGAAACAAAUGGAUGGAAUGACCGUUCUCAACGCUAUAGCCGCGAUAAUGAAAACCAAGGUAACAGGCAGUCUCAAGAUGCAAACAAUUUGGUUGAAAAUGGGACAUUGCCUAUUCUUCGCCUUGCACAUUUCUUCUUGCUAAAUGAGGAUGAUGACGACGAGCGUGUAAGAGGUUUAACCAAAGAACAGAUUGACAAUCUUACCACCCGGAACUAUGGGGAUAUUGACUCUGAGAAUGAAAUAAGUAAAACAUGUAGUGUUUGCAUCAAUGAAUAUGUAAUGGGGAACAAGCUAAGGCAGUUACCUUGUAUGCAUGAGUUUCAUAUUCAUUGUAUUGAUCGCUGGCUUUCUGAAAAUUCUACAUGCCCCAUUUGUCGGCAGCCUGUGUUGGGGUCUAAUGCAGCAAACAAUGGAUAAAGUUAUUUAUAUAUUGUUAGGUAUUGAUGAACUUCUGCUCUAGUUAUGAUGAGCCAGAUCGGGUGAAUCAUAACUUGGAUAAGGUUACAUGUGUUUGGGGGUUUUGUUAGACUUGUUUUAACAUAUAGGAAACUUGCCUAAACUUAGCAGUGUAUAUACUAUUUUUCUCAAAGUGCAGAUCUACAGAUAGGUGUAGAACCAAAUGAUCUGAGUAAAAUUUAUAUUUUUUUAAAUAAUUUUGUUAUGCUAAGCACUUUUGUAAAUACAGAAAUGCAGUAGUUA